AUGUCAGCUAGAUAUUUUAAUGAGGUAUUUUACGCAUUUUAUGGGAUGAUAAAAUUAUUACAUUAUCCGUUGGGAUCGCAAAAUUUGGAUGAUCGAAUUUAUGAAAUAUUGCCUUUAGAAAUCUUGAAUGGCGGAUUAUGUACUUUAGCUACCCAUGUCACAGAGAUUACGGCGUGA